AUGCGCGCCGUGUUAUUGAUCGGCCUCAUUGGCAUUGCCAGUGCGGCCUGUCCUUACAUGACGGGCGAAUUGAAUGCUCGCGAUAAUGACCAUACCACUGGUGCCACGGAGGAAUUUAUGUCCCGUUACUACCUGGACGACAGUGGUGCCUUCUUGACCACUGAUGUCGGUGGCCAGAUUGAGGACCAAAACAGUCUUUCCGUGGGUGAGCGCGGUCCGACCCUGCUGGAGGACUUCAUCUUCCGUCAGAAGAUCCAGCGGUUCGAUCAUGAACGGGUAUUUCCCUUCCAACGAAUAAUCCUGCUGAGACUGGGUCUGAGUUGGUCCUUAGAGGUUCCGGAACGUGCUGUACAUGCCCGUGGUACUGGUGCCCACGGGGUCUUCACCUCCUACGGCGACUUCUCCAACAUCACUGCUGUUUCCUUCUUAUCGGUCAAGGAUAAGGAAACCCUGGUGUUUGUACGUUUCUCCACCGUCGCUGGUAGGCGCGGUAGCUCGGAUCUGGCGCGUGAUGUUCACGGCUUUGCGAUCCGUUUCUAUACUGAUGAGGGUAACUUCGAUAUUGUCGGCAACAACAUCCCCGUUUUCUUCAUCCAUGAUGCCAUUCUCUUCCCCGAUCUGAUUCACGCUGUCAAGCCCCGAGGCGACAAUGAAAUCCCCCAGGCCGCCACUGCUCACGACUACCGCGUGGGACUUUUUCAGCCGUCAACCCAGCACGAUGCACACGCUCUUCUGGGCCAUGGCCGGCCAUGGCAUUCCGCGGUCAUUCCGUCACAUCGACGGGCCAGUAUGGUUUGGGAGGCCCAGCAGGUGUCGGGCAAGAACGCCGACUACAUGCGGGAAGAUUUGUACGAUUCGAUCGAGGCUGGACGGUUCCCUGAGUGGGAGCUCGGUGUCCAAAUCAUGGAAGAGGAGGAUCAGCUGCGCUUUGGCUUUGAUCUCUUCGACCCUACCACGAUCGUCCCUGAGGAGCUGGUACCCGUUACUCCCCUUGGCAAGAUGACGCUCAACCGCAACCCUCGCAACUACAUUGCCGAGACCGAACAAGUGAUGUUCCAACCCGGCCACGCCGUGCGCGAGAUCGACUUCACCGAGGAUCCUCUCCUUCAGGGCCGUCUUUUCUCGUACCUUGACACCCAGCUGAACAGGCACAACGGCCCUAACUUCGAGCAGCUGCCCAUCAACCAGCCGCGCGUACCUAUCCACAACAACAACCGCGACGAGGCCGGCCAGAUGUACAUCCAGUUAAACCCUUACGCCUACACUCCCAACACACUCAACAACGACUCUCCCAAGCAGGCCAACCAGACUGUGGGCAAGGGCUUCUUCACCGCGCCCCAUCGCAACCCUAGCGGUGCUCCUAUCCGCGCCGUUAGCCCGACAUUCCAGGACGUCUGGUCGCAGCCACGCCUCUUCUACAACUCGCUCGUGCCGGCCGAGAAGCAGUUCCUGAUCGACGCCAUGCGCUUCGAGAAUGCCAACGUCAAGAGCGAGAUUGUCCGCAGUAACGUGAUUAUGCAGCUGAAUCGUGUCGACAACGACCUGGCUCGCCGUGUCGCCCUCGCCGUGGGCAUCGCCGAGCCUGGCCCCGACCCAACCUUCUACCAUAACAACCAGAGCAUCAACCUUGGUGCCUUCGGGCACAAGUUGCAGCGCCUGGACGGCCUCAAGGUCGCCGUGCUCGCCUCCAUCGACGUGCCGGACUCGCUGUCCGUCGGGUCAGGUCUCACCUCCCAGCGAGCCGCCGAAAACGUCGACAUUAUCACCGUCGCUGAGCGCUUCGUGAAAGGCGUCAAUCAAACCUACUCCACCUCGGACGCCAUCCAGUUCGAUGCCGUCGUCGUCGCUCCCGGUGUGGAGCGUCUGUUUGCCCCGAACUCGUUCACCAGCCUGCUAGCCAUGUCCGCCGCGACGCUCUUCCCAGCCGGUCGUCCGCUGCAGAUUCUCGUCGACAGUUUCCGCUUUGGCAAGCCCGUGGAUGCGCUAGGCAGCGGCAGUUCGGCUCUCCGCAACCUGGACAUCUCGCCAUCGCGCGACGGCGUGUAUAUGGCUGAGUCGGUAACGAGCAAUUUCGUUGACGGCAUCAGGGACGGGGCUGAAAACGUUCAAGUUCCUGGACCGGUUUGCGCUGGAUCGUUGAGCCCCUCUGAAACAUCGUAA